CCGGUGUUGCGCGACCUAUCCAUGUGAUGGACACGAGAUCGACGAGCCAAGCAAGUCUUUUGGGCUUGCCCAGAGAGUUGCGAUUGGAGAUAUAUCGGCACGUUUUCGCCUUGGACCUGCAGUGCACGAUUCUGAACGGCUGGCGAGAUACCCAUACACAGGAGCAUGGCUUUCGGAGUAUACCGGAGGUCGACAGAGAUGCAGACCUCAUCGUUCCCUGGCUAAGCAUCAUGCUCACUUGCAAGGACCUCGCUUGCGAAAUGCAGUCAGUCAUGAAAGAGAAGUCGUUCUUGGAAAAUCCCCAAACUACUACUUGGUCUCUGGAACUCGAAGGGAAACGAGGAGGGAUGGCAUUGGGACAUACCACAUGGCAGCGCAUUCCGUGUCCGCCGAAUCAAGUCCGCAUCCUGCAAGCCAGCUAUAAUACCAAGAGAGGGUUCCAGUCGUGGGGCGAUGGCGGUCCGCAUGGCAUCACAAGCGGCCUCUAUCAGACGUUGAAUUUCAUUCUUCACUGCGGACCCAGAUUCAACCCCGGGUAUCGCCUUCCAGCCAGAAUGCACCUCGAAGAGCUGAGGAUCAGCCUGGAAAGCCGCGAGGACGUCACACGCCAGUAUGACGAUGAUCACUACAUGUCCCUGUCCGAUCGAGAGACCAAUCCGGAAACUAUGCUAUAUGCUUUAGGGAGCAUUGUUGGUCAGAUCGUAAACACCGGUGUCCUUAGAGGUUAUGUCGACAUGAUCACUGUCUGCUCUGUCACAACGACAAGACACUCUCAUGGACGCCGAGAGAAGUGAAAGGGGACGGCAUUCCGGAGUACUGGCAUCGGUAUGGCUUUGAAUGGGGCGAAAAGGCUUUUUCGAAUGACUAGGCGGUCACGACUGCAUGUACUGCAAUUCGGUCUGACCCUUCGAUCAUGUCCACUUAUGGGACGCGUUGGGAAUGAGCUUUUGCAGC